CACAACAGAAACAAACACAGGGCCAGCGCGAGGCAAGGCGGAGCGAGCUGCCUCGCGCGCGCGAGAACAUGGCCGAGGCAAAGGGAUCGCCGGCGUCCAACUCCGGCGGCGCGGCCGGCGUGGGAGGCGACUUCAUGGGCUCGGUGGGCCCGCAAGAUUCCUACCAGGCGCUCCUUGCGGCGGCCAUGGGCGGGUCCGCGCCGGGCGCCCCGAACGUCACGUACAACCACCACCACCAGUACUGCAACCCCGCCGGCCUGAUCCACGGGCCAAUGCCGGCGAUGCACGCGCCGCCCCCGCACGUGCACGCCGUACGCACGCCGCCGCCGCCGCACUGCGCCCAGUCAAACAACCAGCUCAUUCCCGCCGGAUACCAAUACCAAUACUGGCAAUCACCUGGCUCCCAGAAUGGCGUCGCUGCGGCGCAGCAGGUUCAGAGAGGUUUUGUUGCGGACUGGACUGUGUACAACAGCUCGUACAUGUCUCUUGCCUGUGGCAGCAGCAGCAGCAACAAUGGCUACCACCAGAGCUCGAGGCUAUGCUCCGCCACUACAUGGCCUAAUGCAAUGCCGAGGUACCCUUGCUACAGCGCUUACCCUCCUGCGAUACAGGAUCAUCAAGCUCCUUCCUACCAUCAGGGCAAUAAUCAUGAAGAAGAUUCAGGAUUUGGAUCUAGCUUCAGGGUGGAUCCACCAUUAGUAGCUGCUCCAUGUUUUCCACCAAUGUCUCCGGCAUCGAACAAUCACUCUCCCGCACAGUUCUUCGAUGAAGCUACAUACACCGAAAAAGUGAAGAGUGAAGCCAUGUAUAACAAGAAAGUGAAGAAUUCAGAGGAACCACCUGACAUGGAGAGUGAAAUCAGUGAUGAACUAGAUCCCACUCACACACCAGUAGAUGAGAAUCAGAACUUGAAUCAGGGCCAUGAAAGUUUGACUGCUAGGUUCAACUGUAGGGAAUACCGUAUUGUCUUGCGCAAGGAUUUGACGAACAGUGAUGUUGGAAAUAUCGGAAGAAUUGUGCUGCCAAAGAGGGAUGCGGAGGCUAACCUUCCAGCUUUGCUUGAACGGGAUGGCCUAAUACUAAAGAUGGAUGACUUCAAGCUUCCCGCUACAUGGAACUUUAAGUACAGGUUCUGGCCUAACAACAAGAGCAGAAUGUAUAUCAUGGAAAGUACUGGAGAAUUCGUCAAGUCCCAUAGUCUCGAGGCAGGAGACACACUCAUCAUCUACAAAAGCCUGGAGUCCGGAAAAUUUAUUGUCCGUGGAGAGAAGGCCGCUCAGCAGCGUGCUCCCCUACUCUGUCUGGAAUGCAAAGAGGAAGGCAACAACAGCGAAGAAUGCAGGUUCGCCAUGACCCUGCAUGCCAAGAGAACCUGAUAGAAGGCAGUUUCAUCGUAUUCAGCUCAGCAUUAGAGAGCUCCCAACACAAUGAUGGGUGCAUUUUGUCUUAUUAAAGAACAUCGAGAAUCAGUCGCAGAAAAAAAAAACGAGAAGCAUUGUCAAGAGCGUAUUGCCUGAAUUAUGAGCAUUGACAUGUUGUAGCAUUCGAACUGAAUUUCAGACAGAACCCCCCCGGCCUAGUAGCUGGUGAAUAGCUCUGGCCUCGAGAAAAAAAUAACUUUCCAGUUUUUAGUUAACUUAAUUUUGCUUAUCCGUGUAGCUGAUGUUUGCUAUGUAUUUGUACAAAAAAUAAUUUUACCUGUUG